AUAAAAAGCGCGACAACAAUCGGUUUGUAUCUUCACUAACAUAAAAUUAACCUAAACCAAAUAUUUACAUUUCUUGCUUUUUAUGGCGGAAGACAAGGAAUCCAGCAAAAAUGGCAGUCCGCCUUCAGAAAAUAAGACAUUUGAAAGAAAACAAGAUGCCAUUGAAGAUACAAAAACAAGUGAUAGCGAGAAAACAGAAAAGAAAGGAAGCACUGAGCAAAACAAUUGCUAUUGUGGUAAAGAACGAAACCUAAAUAUAGUAGAAUUACUUUGUGCUAAUUGUAAUAGAUGGUUUCAUGAAUCUUGUAUAGGCUAUCAACUUGGAAAAUUAGUACCUUUUUUAAUGAACUAUAUUUUUCUGUGUAAAAACUGCUCACCAACUGGAUUGGAGAGUUUUAAAAAAAGUCAAGCUCAAAUAACUCAAAUGUGCAUAACGGCAAUUGCAAACUUACAUCAAACAAGUGUUAAAGAUGGUAACAAUAAGACGAUGUUCAGUAAAGAAAAAGAGAUAAUACCAUUUAUUGACUAUUAUUGGGAAGCCAUUACAACCACCUCAAGAAGGGUGACACAAUCUUGGCAUGUUACUGUCACUAAAGCUUUAGUAAAAGAUAUUCAUGUUUUCUUCAUAUUUGAAGAGCAUCCAACUGAUGGACAAAUGUAUGGCUUGGUGAAUUCCGAUUUAACAUACAUCAAGCCCAACUAUGAUGCUAUGAUUAAAGGGGGUGUAUUAAAAGUUACAGAUAUGGGAAUACAGCAUGUUCCAGUUACCGGCAACGUAAAAUCAAGGAAUGCAAAACGAAAAUUUCCCGGAGAUGUUAGCGGUCCCGGUAAAAAAGGCAGAGGAAGCGAAUUGUGUGCGCUGAAACUUCCGUCGCACGGAUACCCGCUAGAUCAUCCUUUUAACAAAGACGGAUACAGAUACUUACUGGCAGAACCUGAUCCACAUGCUCCAUUUAGACAGGAAUUUGAUGAAAGCUCAGACUGGGCAGGCAAACCUAUACCAGGAUGGUUAUACAGAACAUCAGUACCGAGUAUAUGUUUACUAGCUUUGCACGAUCGAGCACCGCAAUUAAAAAUCUCCGAAGAUCGUUUAGCUGUUACAGGGGACAAAGGAUAUUCCACAGUUAGAGCCACACACGCAAUUUCAAAGGGUUGUUGGUAUUGGGAGGCGACAAUCGAAGAGAUGCCGGAAGGUUCAGCGACUAGAAUGGGUUGGGGCCAGGACUACGCGAACCUGCAGGCUCCGCUGGGCUACGACAAGUUCGGUUACUCGUGGAGAUCGCGGAAAGGCACGAAGUUUCAUGAAUCGAACGGCAAACACUAUAGCAACGGCUACGGCGAGGGGGACACCGUAGGGUUUAUGAUCCAAAUGCCGCUGGAUGCUCGCACACAUGUCAUACCCAAAACUUACAAGGAUAGACCUUUGGUGAAGUUUAAAAGUCACUUGUAUUAUGAAGACAAAGAUAAUGUUCCUGAACGACUAAAAUCAUUGAAAAAAUUGCCAAAAAGUAAGAUCUACUUCUUUAAAAAUGGAGAAUGUCAGGGUGUGGCCUUUGAAGAAAUUUACCAGGCCAUUUAUUAUCCAACAAUUUCAGUGCACAAAAGCGCCACAGUGUCAGUGAAUUUUGGCCCAAAUUUUAAAUGUCCACCUGAUCCUAGUGAAUUUGAUUAUAAACCAAUGUCUGAAAAAGCAGAAGAAGCCAUCAGUGAACAGACAAUGGCCGAUGUAAUUUAUUUAACAGAAAAUGAAGGCAAACUUAGACUUGAUAGCUUUGUUUUGUGACGAUAGUGAUCUUUUUUGUUUCAAGUUUUCCAUAUUUUUUAGUUACUUGCUGGUUUUUAAGCAACAACUUGUGUAUUAUAAAAUUUAUAAUUAAC